AUGAACCGCACUGCUGCCUCUAUAUCCGAGUUCACACAGGGCACAAACCGCACCGCUGCCACUAUAUCCGAGUUCACACAGGGCACAAAUCGCACCGCUGCCUCUAUAUCCGAGUUCACACAGGGCACAAACCGCACCGCUGCCACUACAUCCGAGUUCACACAGGGCACAAACCGCACCGCUGCCACUAUAUCCGAGUUCACACAGGGCACAAACCGCACCGCUGCCACUAUAUCCGAGUUCACACAGGGCACAAACCGCACCGCUGCCACUAUAUCCGAGUUCACACAGGGCACAAACCGCACCGCUGCCUCUAUAUCCGAGUUCACAUGGCAUGAACCGCACUGCUGCCUCUAUAUCCGAGUUCACACAGGGCACAAACCGCACCGCUGCCACUAUAUCCGAGUUCACACAGGGCACAAACCGCACCGCUGCCACUAUAUCCAAGUUCACACAGGGCACAAACCGCACAGCUGCCACUAUAUCCGAGUUGACACAGGGCACAAACCGCACCGCUGCCACUAUAUCCGAGUUCACACAGGGCACAAACCGCACCGCUGCCUCUAUAUCCGAGUUCACACAGGGCACAAACCGCACCGCUGCCACUACAUCCGAGUUCACACAGGGCACAAACCGCACCGCUGCCACUAUAUCCGAGUUCACACAGGGCGCUCCGCUGCCACUAUAUGA